UCCCACCCCAAACCGCUUUCACAAACUCCUUUCUUACCGUAGGUUUCUCCCCUCUCGCCGCCCGAGCGAGCGACACGGCUGCGGCCCCCCUCCCCUCCCUUCCCUCCCUCCCUCCCAUCCCCCCCUCCCCGAGACCCACCGGACCCCGAACCCAGGGUGACGCUCCCCAGUCCCCUGCCCCCCACCCCGGCAUCAUGCAUCGGACCACACGGAUUAAAAUCACCGAGCUGAACCCUCACCUCAUGUGUGCCCUCUGCGGGGGGUACUUCAUCGACGCCACUACCAUCGUGGAGUGCUUGCAUUCCUUCUGCAAAACCUGCAUUGUGCGCUACCUGGAGACCAACAAGUACUGCCCCAUGUGCGACGUACAGGUGCACAAAACCCGGCCGCUGCUGAGCAUCAGAUCUGACAAAACCCUUCAAGACAUCGUCUACAAAUUGGUCCCUGGGCUUUUUAAAGAUGAGAUGAAACGGAGGCGGGAUUUCUAUGCAGCCUACCCCCUGACAGAAGUUCCCAACGGCUCCAACGAGGACCGUGGUGAGGUCCUGGAGCAGGAGAAGGGGGCUCUGAGCGACGACGAGAUUGUCAGCCUCUCCAUCGAGUUCUACGAAGGCGUCAGGGACCGGGAAGAGAAGAAGGGCCCCCUGGAAAAUGGGGAUGGUGACAAGGAGAAACAGACAGGGGUGCGCUUCCUGCGAUGCCCAGCAGCCAUGACUGUCAUGCAUCUCGCCAAGUUUCUCCGCAACAAGAUGGAUGUGCCCAGCAAGUACAAGGUUGAGGUUCUCUAUGAGGACGAGCCGCUGAAGGAAUACUAUACCCUCAUGGACAUUGCCUACAUCUACCCCUGGCGGCGGAAUGGCCCUCUCCCCCUCAAGUAUCGCGUCCAGCCAGCCUGCAAGCGGCUCACCUUGCCCACAGCGCCCACCCCCUCCGAGGGCACCAAUACCAGCGGGGCGUCUGAGUGUGAGUCAGUCAGCGACAAGGCUCCCAGCCCUGCCACCCUGCCGGCCACCUCCUCCUCCCUGCCCAGCCCAGCCACCCCCUCCCAUGGCUCUCCCAGCUCCCAUGGCCCCUCGGCCCCCCACCCGACCUCCCCCACUCCCCCCGCGACAGCCGGUGGGGCCACCACAGCUGCCAACGGGGGCACCUCGAACUGCCUGCAGACACCACCUUCCACCAGCAGGGGGCGCAAGAUGACUGUCAACGGAGCUCCCGUGCCCCCCUUAACUUGAGGAAAGGGACCCUCUCCCUCCUCUUCCAGCAAUGCCUCUCCACCCCUCCACUUUUUCUGGGCCCCCUUUUCCACCUCUUCUACUUUCCCCAGCUCCCCCCACCUUAGGGGUCGGGGAUGGGUUUUAUAAAUAAAUCUAUAUAUAUAUGUACAUAGGAGAAACCAAAUAUACAUACUUAUUUUCUAUGGACCAACCAGAUUAAUUUAAAUGCCACAGGAAACAAACUUGAUGUGUGUGUGUAUGUGUGGGGGAUGGGGUGCUCAUUUUUAGGCGGUCUUGUGUAAUUUGCUCUGCUCUUUUUGGGGGUGCCUAGAGGUGGAUUGGUGGGGCCACUUGAGGCUCGGUGAAGCCCUGCCCCAUCCUCCUUCUGUUUCCCAAGGCAUAUGCGGUGCUGGAGGGGCCCCCACCAACCCCCAAAGCUUUAGGCACGACUCGAGCUGGCUGUGUAUGAGGUCCACCCUGUUUCUCUCCCCAUCUUGGCUGCUGUCCUGCCCUGACCCUGACCAGUACCCUCCCCCCCACCAUUGUUGAAUGUCCAGAGAAUUGCUAAGACAGUGCCUUUUACAAAUGCAGCCUAUCCCCUGGUUCUGAGGAGCAAGUGGGCAGUGGAGAGGGCAUCUCCCUUACUUCCUCCUCUUGCAGUAGAGACUUUGUGUAAUAGAUAGUUCUGCCUUUUUUUCCCCCCUGUGUGUGUGGCCUUUGCAUCAUUUAUCUCGUGGAAAAGAAGAUUGAGGCCACAGAAGGCCUCAGCCCUUGAACUUCCACUGUGGUGUCAGCAUUGUGAACCGCUUCACCUCCUUCUUCCACGGCCCCCACCCAGGAGCCCGCACUAGCAAGGCGGAUGGGGAAGUCUCACUUGGGGGCCUGUAGUGGAGAGGUGGAAGGGGGGGUUGACCUCAGAUAAGCACAGACCCCAGAUUUUGCCAAAGGCAAACAGUCCUCCAGUGCCCUCCCCACCCGUAGCUGAGGCCAAGUCAGGAAAGAGCAACAGGCAUCUAAAAGCACAAGAAGACAGAACCUGUGAGAUCUGACCUCAGCUCCAUCCCAAGAAGUCAAGUGGUCUGCCCCCCUGAGGGGCAGACCCCAACAGACCCCUGCCCACCAGUUUUUCCUCCAAUGUACAUAGGUCAGAUCGGGAUGAGGGGAGGAGGCAAGACUAUCACAACCUAUGUGUUUGGGGUCAGGUGUCCCCCAGUGGGUUUGUCUGUGUUCGCACCUUGUCCUGUGUCUGAGGUGCUGUGGCUGUAUCCUCCUCCUGGGACAUCUGUAUCUCCUGGCUUUGUAAUAAAUGCUGCAUACU